CAAUAAUCCAGCGUGAUACACUUUUCAACACGUGCAAAUUUAAAUGCCCACCAUUGAAAAUGUCGCAGCAAAUACCAGAAAUCGCAAUGGUGAAUGGUGAUGAUGUAUCGUUAAAUGGAGAAAUUCGUAAGAAGAAGAAAUCAAAGAAGGAAAAGAAAAUUAAAUCUGAUGAUGCAGAAAUAGAAUCUCCUUCUAAAGAGGAAUCACCAUCAGAGGAGAAACCAAAGAAGAAGAGGAAAAAGGGCUCUGAUGAGGAAGGAGAAGAUGAAAUAAAGAAGAAGAAAGUGAAGAAAGAAAAGAAUGGAGAAGUUCAACAGAAUGGCAUCGUAAAGGAAAAGCCAUCAUCAUCAAAGCAGGGAGAAGUAGAUGAAGAGACCCAAGAAAAGAUAGGAGCCUUCUCAAAUUUUGGCAUAAGACCCAAAACCAUUGAGAAACUGCAUGCCAAAGGAGUCAAAUACCUGUUUCCCAUUCAAGCCCAGACUUUCAAGCCAAUUGAUGAUGGUUUUGAUGUCAUAGCACAAGCACGAACUGGAACCGGUAAGACUUUAUCCUUUGUCCUCCCGCUGGUCGAGAAAUGGCAGCAGUUCCCUCAGAAGAGCGGCCGGCAACCCAUCAUCCUUGCCCUCGCUCCUACCAGAGAACUGGCCAAGCAGAUAUCGGAGUACUUUGAAGCCAUCGGUCCGCACCUCAGCACCACCUGCAUCUACGGAGGCACCUCCUACUGGCCCCAGGAGUCGGCCAUCCGGCGGGGUCUGGACGUCGUCGUGGGAACGCCUGGACGCAUCCUGGACUACAUCCGCAAGAACACCCUGGACCUGUCCAAGCUGAAGCACGUCGUGUUGGACGAAGUGGAUCGGAUGCUGGACAUGGGGUUUGCGGAAUCGGUGGAGGAGAUCCUCGGUGCUGCUUACAAGACUGGUCAACCUGGUGAUGGAGAGGAAGCCCCUAACAACCCCCAGACACUGCUCUUCUCAGCCACUGUCCCUCCCUGGGUCUACCAGACUGCAGUCAAGUACAUGCGCAAGGAUCUCAAGAAGGUGGACCUUGUAGGUAGGGACAGGAUGAAGACAGCUACAACAGUUCAGCAUCUGGCCAUCAACUGUAGCUAUUUUGACCGACCACAGGUCAUUAGUGAUGUCAUCAAGGUUUACGGGGGUUUGGACGGCCGCUGCAUGGUCUUCUGUGAGACCAAGAGGGAUGCCAACGAGCUGGCCAUGAGCUCUGACGUGAAGCAAGAGACGCAGGUCAUGCAUGGAGAUAUACCUCAGACACAGCGAGAGGUCACUCUAAAGGGUUUCCGAGAGGGCAAGUUCCAGUGCCUGGUCACCACUGACGUAGCAGCGAGGGGGUUAGACAUACCGGAAGUUGAUCUAGUCAUCCAGUGUAAUCCGCCAAGGGAUGUGGAUUCUUACAUCCAUCGAUCAGGGAGGACCGGGAGAGCUGGUCGUAAUGGAGUCUGUGUCUGUUUCUACAAGCGACAGGAAGAGAGGGAUCUACAGAAAGUAGAAUACAAAGCGGGCAUCAAGUUCAAACGAGUGUCGGCUCCCCAGCCAAGCGACAUCAUCAAGUCAUCCGUCAAAGAUGUUACAGAUUUACUGGGCGCUGUACAGCCCGAGAUGGUGGCUAUGUUCAAGAGUGCAGCAGAGGCCAUCAUAGCUGAGAAGGGGGCGGUGGCGGCGCUAGCGGCAGCUCUGGCUCACAUAACAGGCUCCACAGCCAUGAAGACAAGAUCACUGCUAACGGCAGAAGAGGGUAAGACCACGUUCCUCCUUGAGACGCAAUCGCAGCUGUUGGACAUCGGUGAUGUCUUCAAGACCCUCGGACGCUACAUUGACCGUGACUCACGGAACGCCAUCAAGGGCAUCCGUCUGUGCAAGGAUCAGACCGCGGCAGUCUUUGAUGUUUCAGAUGACCACAAGGACUAUCUACUGUCAUUAUGGCAGGACACGUCUGAAGCUCAACUCACCGUCGCAGCGGAACUCCCAGAGCUCCUCGUCUCCACCCAGUCUGGAUCCUUUGAUGACCGGAGAGGUGGCGGAGGCUACGGAGGAGGAAGAGGUGGAGGAUACAGGAGAGGAGGAGGAGGAGGGGGAUGGGGUAACAGGAGUGGUGGAGGGGGCGGGAGAGGCCGUGGGGGAGGAGGAGGAUAUGGGGGACGUGGAAGGGGAGGAUGGAGUGGAAGUUACAAAAAGUUUUAA